AUGGCUUUCGAUCUCUGGACACACCAGUUCUGCCUCGCCUGCGACAAGCAGGUGCAGAGCGACGGGGCCUACUGCUCCGAGGCCUGCCGUCUCGCCGACCAGGAGAAGACGUCGACGCCGAGUUCCCAGGCCAGCUCGCCUGGCUGCUCCCCUCCCAGCUAUGGCUACCCUUGGUCUACGCCCGCGCCCACCAUGUCCGCGAGGUCAACACGACCGGGUCUCUACCUGUCACCGCCCUACGACUUCCAGAACCCCCAGCCGUACGGCACCGCUCCCGUCGCCCGCGGCUAUCUGAGCAAGUACGCCUCCGGCGAUCGCUUCACCACGACGUCGUCAUCGGCUUCGAACCUCAGCCCCUCGAGCUCCCACACCAGCCUCUGCUCCAUGCAGAGCACAUCCUCGUCGUCCACGGACGGGUCCCGCCUGUCGGAUCGAUCGAGGCAAGAGCUCAAGGCUUAUGCCAUCUCCUUCGAGCAAGUCCGGUUACAACGGAGGCGAUCCUACUAG